UGCAGCUCAUAUGACAGCACUUUAUUAUGACAUACGUCAGCCAGCAAGUUAAAAACUGGCAAGUUGGCUUUUGGUUGGUUGUGGACAAAUCGUUGUUUUAUCGGGGAAAUUGUGUGUUUGCAACCAUGAAUUUUAACGCGCAAGCUGGUCCCGAUGGUCGUGCACACCGGUCCGUGUCGAAGAAACCGAAGCGAGUCAGUGAUGUGAAUGCUCUUGGUUCUACCAUCCCGUACCAACAGAUGACAUCACAAAUCCCGACGAAUCAGUACAUGACCAAUGAUCCUAACAAUCUGUACGGACAACAGCAAUAUGCAGCACCGCAACAGCAACAACAUUUCCCGAUGGACCAGCAGCCAAAUUACUACAUCCCACAGCCACAACCCAACCCGAAUGUGCCCCGGCAACCGGUCCAGCCGGCCCCGGCAGUUCCGGGUAUGGCCGGAGGUCAAUUUACCAUGUUUCAGCAGCCGAUCGUGCAGGACAUGGCAAUGCAAUACGGGCAGAAGCUGGCCGACCAGGGCAAGGAGAUUGUGCACAGCCACAUCGAGAAGUACUUGCCAAUGUCCAAGCUGAAGUAUUAUUUCUCGGUGGACAAUAGCUACGUGGUGAACAAGCUGAAAAUCAUUUUCUUUCCAUUCAUGCAAAAGGACUGGGGCAUGAAGUACGAUCACGAUAAUCCGGUUCAACCUCGGUACGAUAUUAAUGCACCGGACCUGUAUAUUCCGGCGAUGAGCUACAUAACGUACGUCGUCUUAGCGGGUAUUGCACUGGGCAUGCAGAAAAGAUUCUCGUCGGAACAGUUGGGCAUUCAAGCGUCGAGCGCUUUGGCGUACAGCAUUUUCGAAAUCGUUAUCUACACACUGACGCUGUACAUCGGUAACAUAUCAACGUCACUGAGCACGUUGGAUUUGCUCGCCCUGACCGGUUACAAAUAUGCGGCAAUUGUGGUAACCGUUGCCGGUACCAUACUGCUCAAACGGAUGGGUUACUAUCUGGCACUGCUGUAUUCCUCCGCCAUGUUGACACUGUUUCUGCUGCGCACUAUGAAGGCAAAGGUAUUAUCCGGCCAGGACCAAUCGCAAAGUGCCGUCGGGUACGACCCGUACAGUGGACAGCAGCACACCGACCAUAGCGUAGGACGCAAACGUAAGCUCUACUUCCUGUUUCUUUUGACCGGACUGCAGCCAGUGCUGGCGUUCUGGCUAACCGUGCAUCUGAUAGUGAACGAGGCGGUACCGAGUACGUAGAUGCUGAAGAAACCACUUCCGAAAGAAACAGCCCCGCAAUUACUGUUGGAACCUUUAGAAAUGGAAAUAAAUUCGUAAGUCAAAUUCGGUUUUUUUACGCUCAUGCACCAGUGGCUAACUCUUUCGGUGCCCCAUGCCUUACGGAAGUUUUUUUUUUAAAUAUUGGAAGGAAAAUCUUGCUUGAUUAAUUUUACUUGCAAUACAAAAUUAUACAUAUUCAGUCAUUUUAUUGUACUAAAUUAAACGACUAUGUAGUCAUUAUAAUACAAAAAACACACAUUUAACAAAAGUAAAGCGUUUUUUAUAGGUAAUUUUACUUGAUAAAAUAAAAAAGGUCUGCUUUUCAAAUA